GCUUCCUUCCCUCUCCAUCCCUCAUCCUCACGGACACCUGUCCCACCCACCAUGCCCGACUCGCCCCCGCGGCGACGCCGCUCACGCUCGCGCUCACCCCGGCGCCACCCCCCCAAAGGCCCGGGCGGAUUCCGCUGGAAAGAGAAACGCGCACCUCCCCGCGACGACAACUUCCAUAACGAAACCGACCGUCCACUUGACCGCGGCUACCGCGCGCGCUCACCUCCUCGCCGAGAUAGCUACAGAGACAAUACUAGCGAUAGAUACGGAGACAGAGACAGAUACCGUCGAGACUACAGCCCCGACCGCGCCAGAGAUAGGGACCGUGACCGUGAUCGCGACUCAACCAAGCCCAAGAAAACCGACAGCGAAAAGAAAGAGAAGAAAGAGAAGAAGAAGAAACUCAAGCCCGCUAGCACGGAGGAAAUGAUCCUUGUGACGGUCAAUGAUCGACUGGGUAGUAAGGCUACGGUGCCGUGUUUGCCGUCGGAUACGGUGGGCGAUUUGAAGGUCUUGGUGGCGGCGCAGAUUGGAAGGGCUCCUAGGGAGAUUAUGUUGAAGAGGCAGGGCGAACGCCCCUUUAAGGAUUUUAUUACCCUUGGGGAUUAUAGUAUUACUAAUGGGGUGCAGUUGGAUUUGGAGAUUGGGACGGGAGAUUAAAUAUCUUCUUCGUGUUGAGGGAUUGUGUGGGGAAGUGUGGUUAUCAGCUGGUAUUAGGUUCUCUGUGGUCAUGGAUGUUUCGUUCUCUGGUGAUGUGGGGAUCGGAUUGGAGAGGAGUUGGAUGGAGUUGGGGGUUCUUACUACUGUGACUAUGUAAAGUUGUGGAAAUGGUAUCAUGCAUCAUAUCAUAUAUCUUAGUAGGGAGUAUAACAG